CCUUUCGCCAUCUAGACGCCUUGUGCCUUUUGCCUUUUGCCUGUUCUAUCCUCCUGGAACCUCCUUGGUGUAGCUAUAUAUUUUGCAUCGAUUGGAAACGUUAAGCGAACGCAAUAUCUGGUGGCUCGCAUAUCGCAAUUAACGGGCAGUCCUUGGUGUCGUUGUCAUGCCUCUACUCACAGCCUUGUCACUCCUUCUAGGCAUACUCAUAGCGCCAUGCACCGCCAAAUUUGAGCACAGCUAUAAAGGCAUCGCAACAGAAGGCAUCCAAGCCUGCAUCAAUAGCUCCACCUUCACCGCCGAAAACAUCACACUGCGCGACAAUUGCGGCGAUGCGUUCGCGUGCAUCAUGUCAAAUAUCUCCAGCCAGAAACAGAGCAUUCUCUCAAGCGGCUCCGGCAUCCUAGCAUUCGUGCCUACUGUACUUUUGGUGCUCGGCACCUCGAACGAAGAUGUAAUCCGCAUCAGCGCCCGCUUCCCCCUCCUAGCCUUCUUCCUCGCACUCGCCACCAUCAACAAGCGGCCUCAGCUCACCAAGCUACCGUCUGCUUCGCCACGGGUAGUCAUCGAUCUCGGGCCGUACGGUGCUAUCAGCGAGAAGGCUAGGACAUAUUCUCCACCCACGGCUUUCAGGGGCGUGACGACGACACAUGUGGGAAUCGUCGUUGCGCACAUCGCGACAGGCGCCGGCGCCGCUGUUGUCGUGUGGCGCACGAUCGAUCUGGGCGUGAACGCCGUCGUGACGUGGGCUUGCUGGACGGAUUUUUACCCUAUGGUAUGGCUACUGCUUGCUGUGGUGCAUCACAUCGCUGCCGUGGUAUUUGUACGGCUCACACUGAAGAUAACGCCAUGUCCUACUCGUUCCGUCAACAAUACCGCGCAGGGUAUCGCGACAGCGACGGCUCGUGUUCCCAUCAGUGCACUGCGGGUGUGGGAUUUGCAACAGCAAAACUGCACAGUCAUAUGCGCACACACAGGCUUCGCAAAGUUGAGCAAAGCGGGCUUGGAUUUGCUUAAUAACGCGACGUAUCUUUACGGCACGGCGAUAUUCUCGAGCUUGACGAUGGUGAGUGGGCAUAAUGCGAUCAAGGUGCUGUGUACGUACAGCGGGGUGGCUGUGGCGUCGCGGAUCGCAGCUGUUUGGGUGCUGGAGGAGAUUGGAGGAGCUGAUUGAUCUGUUCCGUGGAGGAUUGUGAGGAAUAUCGUACAAGUAAGGGUUGUCGUCGGGACCUUGAAUGCGUGCCGCCUCUUCGUUCGAGGACGAGAGGUGACUCCCCGAUACUGCUUCUGUCCAGAGUACUAGCAUGUCAAGCGAAGCAUAUAUCAUAAAAGAGAUCUAGGGACGAAGCCAUGAGGAAAGCAUGCAACAUGGUGGUUGUCAUCUGACUCCGCACUGUCCAU